UGUGCCACCUUUCUGAUUAGGGCUAGCCGAGGAACUCUUCGGGGCCAUGGCGUCCAAUUCCACCAAGUCCUUCUUGGCAGACGCCGGUUAUGGCGAACAGGAGCUGGAUGCUAACUCUGCCCUGAUGGAACUGGACAAAGGUCUGAGAUCUGGCAAACUGGGUGAACAGUGUGAAGCAGUUGUUCGUUUUCCGAGGCUUUUCCAGAAGUAUCCCUUCCCUAUUCUCAUCAAUUCUGCCUUCCUCAAGCUAGCUGAUGUUUUCAGAGUCGGGAACAAUUUCCUGCGAUUGUGUGUCCUGAAAGUCACUCAGCAAAGCGAGAAGCAUCUGGAGAAGAUUCUGAAUGUGGAUGAGUUUGUGAAGAGAAUCUUCUCUGUGAUCCAUAGCAACGACCCUGUGGCCAGAGCCAUCACCCUCCGGAUGCUGGGCAGCCUGGCCUCCAUUAUCCCCGAGAGGAAGAAUGCGCACCACAGCAUCCGUCAGAGCCUGGACUCCCACGACAACGUGGAGGUGGAAGCUGCCGUGUUUGCCGCCUCCAACUUCUCAGCGCAGUCCAAGGAUUUUGCUGUAGGAAUCUGUAACAAAAUCAGUGAAAUGAUUCAAGGUUUAGCUACGCCAGUAGACCUGAAGCUGAAGUUGAUCCCCAUCCUGCAGCACAUGCACCAUGAUGCGAUCCUGGCUUCUAGUGCCCGUCAGCUUCUGCAGCAGCUGGUGACCUCCUAUCCCUCCACCAAAAUGGUGAUUGUUUCUUUGCAUACUUUUACCCUGCUUGCUGCCUCGUCUUUGGUUGACACGCCUAAGCAGAUUCAGCUUCUGUUGCAGUAUUUGGAGAAUGACCCCAGGAAAGCAGUUAAGAGACUUGCUAUCCAAGACCUGAAACUACUUGCCAAUAAAACGCCACAUACUUGGAGCAGGGAGAACAUUCAGGCGCUCUGCGAGUGUGCUCUGCAGACUCCUUACGACAGCCUCAAGCUGGGGAUGGUGUCGGUCCUUUCCACCCUCUCGGGGACCAUUGCCAUCAAACAUUACUUCAGCGCCACGCCCGGAAAUGUAGGUUCUUCGCCCAGGUCCUCUGAUUUAGUCAAAUUAUCCCAGGAGUGCUGUUACCAUACCAACAGAGGCAUUGCAGCCCAUGGAGUCAGAGUCCUGACUAAUAUAACUGUCUCUUGUCAAGAAAAGGAUCUUUUGGCGCUGGAACAAGAUGCCGUCUUUGGGCUGGAAUCCCUUCUGGUUCUGUGUAGUCAAGAUGAUAGUCCAGGUGCCCAAGCUACCUUAAAGAUUGCUUUGAACUGUAUGGUGAAGUUGGCCAAGGGCAGGCCCCAUCUCAGCCAGUCUGUGGUCGAGACACUGUUGACUCAGUUGCACAGUGCUCAGGAUGCAGCCCGAAUCCUGAUGUGCCAUUGCCUGGCAGCCAUUGCCAUGCAGCUGCCGGUGCUGGGUGACGGCAUGCUUGGGGACCUCAUGGAGCUCUACAAGGUGAUCGGACGGUCAGCCACAGAUAAGCAGCAAGAACUUCUGGUGAGUUUGGCCACUGUAAUCUUUGUAGCCAGUCAGAAAGCUUUGUCUGCCGAGGUAAAGGCAAUAAUUAAGCAGCAGCUUGAAAGCGUCUCCAAUGGCUGGACUGUCUACCGGAUUGCCAGACAGGCUUCCCGAAUGGGCAAUCACGACAUGGCCAGGGAGCUUUAUCAGAGCUUGCUGACUCAGGUGGCCUCAGAACACUUCUACUUCUGGCUGAAUAGUUUGAAGGAGUUCUCACAUGCAGAACAGUGUCUCACCGGCUUGCAAGAGGAGAAUUAUAGCUCAGCACUUUCUUGCAUUGCUGAGUCUUUAAAAUUCUACCACAAAGGAAUUGCAUCCUUAACUGCUGCUAGCACACCACUGAAUCCUCUCAGUUUUCAGUGUGAAUUUGUAAAACUCAGGAUUGACCUUCUGCAAGCCUUCUCUCAACUCAUCUGUACUUGCAAUAGCCUGAAGACAAGUCCUCCACCUGCCAUCGCCACGACAAUUGCCAUGACCUUAGGAAAUGACCUUCAGAGGUGUGGUCGCAUCUCCAAUCAGAUGAAGCAGUCCAUGGAAGAGUUCCGAAGCCUUGCCGCCCGGUAUGGGGAUCUGUAUCAGGCAUCUUUUGAUGCUGACUCAGCAACUUUGCGGAAUGUGGAACUACAGCAACAGAGCUGUUUGCUGAUAUCUCAUGCGAUUGAAGCCCUGAUUUUGGAUCCAGAAUCAGCAAGUUUCCAGGAAUAUGGAUCUACUGGAACAGCCCCUGCUGACAGUGAGUAUGAAAGAAGAAUGAUGUCUGUAUACAAUCACGUCUUGGAAGAGGUGGAGUCCCUCAGUCGGAAAUACACCCCUGUUUCUUACAUGCACACAGCAUGCCUCUGCAAUGCCAUCAUUGCUUUGCUGAAAGUUCCCCUUGCAUUUCAGAGAUAUUUCUUCCAGAAACUGCAAUCUACCAGCAUCAAGCUUGCUCUGUCGCCAUCCCCUCGGAACCCUGCGGAGCCCAUCGCUGUGCAUAACAACCAGCAGCUGGCACUGAAGGUGGAGGGCGUAGUUCAGCACGGAUCUAAACCAGGGCUCUUCCGCAAGAUUCAGUCUGUCUGUCUGAAUGUUUCCUCCACAUUGCAGAGCAAAUCUGGACAAGACUACAAGAUUCCCCUGGACAAUAUGACUAAUGAGAUGGAGCAGAGGGUUGAGCCCCAUAAUGAUUACUUCAGUACCCAGUUUCUGUUGAAUUUUGCUAUCCUUGGAACACACAAUAUUACAGUGGAGUCUUCCGUGAAAGAUGCCAAUGGGAUCGUAUGGAAGACUGGUCCCAGAACUACCAUAUUUGUCAAGUCCCUGGAAGACCCUUACUCCCAACAGAUUCGCCUACAGCAGCAGCAAGCCCAGCAGCCGCCACAGCAGCAACAGCAGCGAAAUGCCUACACACGGUUCUAACUGCAGCAAGUACAGGAUUUCCCAAGGCCUUGGUCAGCUUGGCAGAAGUAGUUUGCUUUUUCAUGUGGGUUAAGUAUAAAAGUUGUAAUGUAGAGUCCGUUUAUUUGUCGAUUUCUAUAAUGUAUUAUUCUGGAAAAAUACUUUUUCUUAAAAAUUUAGUUAAGAAAUAAUUGGAUUUUUGGGCCAGAAGGAUUUCCCCUCCCCUGCUUGUUCCUUGUUAAGCCAAGUCUUGUAUCUCCUAUCUAAUGUUUGCAUUAUUUGGUUACAGAUUUUUUUUUUCGUUGCCACACCUUUUUUUUUUUUUAACUCUUUCAAGAAUAGUGAGAUAUUUAAGUCCCUAUGUUGGAAAAUCGCCUGCUUCUCUUUUGAAAUACGUCAUUUAUUGCCUGGCACACACCUGGAAUCCUGAGGUGGGCACUGAGCUCUUUUCUCGUCUCCACAGCCUCCAGCAUACCAAACCUGGCAGGGCUGAAACAUCCAGUGUGUUAUUUCAGUCUCUUAGCUAUCUCUUCCUCUGCUAAAGCAAUCUUAAUUUAUUGUUUUAGUAUGUAAUUGAUCCCAAAAGCAGCUAAGAAUUAACAUUGAAAAACAGAAAAUUAAUAAUUUGUUGGGUUCUCUUGAUGUGUGGUUGUGACUGUGUACAAUACACAGUAACUGUAUUAUUUCUAAAAGUGAAAACAAAUCACUCAAUAGCUUAAUGUAAAUCAGAUGGAGCGGACCUCUGGUUUGAUGGGUUUGGGGUCUACCUGCUGAGUUAAGGUAGUGCUAGACUUGGUUAUCUGGGAAGAGCGGUCUCCUUGUAAUACAACCUCAGUUAGUUGGUUAGGAUGCUCAGGGAACAGAGUUUUCUGGUAAGCCAGAAAGCCCCUUUUUUUCUGUUUCAGUACUGGUUGAGAACUAUUCUAAAUGAUCAUAAUACAUUUUCUCAUUUGAACAUGGGAUAUUAGAUAGAACUUGGCUCUUUUUUGAUCUGGGACCAUGGUUUGUAAACACCAGGGAUCACAGGAUGACACCUGUCAACAGCCGAGGCCACUGAGCAGGAUGUGCUGCUCGAGAGGCUGGCCUGUUCCCUGAAACGCCCCUUUCUCAAUAAAUCUUCCCAUCCCUCUG